AUGGCACCUACAGAUACUAGACAGCCAUAUAAGGCAUCAUCUUUCAGAAAGAGAAGACGAAAUUUUUCUCCUUCGAUUACAUCAUAUUCAAACGAAGGGUUACUAGCGCUAGAUGACCCCAAACCAAAGAACUAUUCCACAAGUAGAACCAAUGGACAAGAUAACGUACCUGAUGACAGUAAGGUGGUGAAUAACUUGAAGAGGAUGGGUGUGAAAGUCACAGUUAGUGAAAAACAGAAACAAUUGAAUAUAAAAUUCUUACUAUGCACCUCAGAAGCAGAAUAUUUUGAAUUUAGAGAAGACGAAAUAAGUCAAUAUUUGAAAGAAAACUUUGGAAUAAGUGGUAUAGCAUUAUCGAAGCUGGUAGAGGGGGUGAUAGAUAGAAUUCUUUUCGUAUAUGGGGAUAUUAUCUCAAUAUCGAGAGCUGCAGUAUACGUUGCGUUCGUGUUGAAUGCAAGAUUGAAUAAUUUGAUUCCAAGUGAAUCAUACACAUUAAAGUCUCCAAAUUAUAAAAUAAACGUUCUUCUCCAAGGGUCAUACAAUGAUGAGAAACUGUACUUGGAAAUAAAUAAAGUGGCUGAUAAUUGUGGAUUGAGAGAAUUCGACAUAUCGAGUCUUUUUAACUACAAUAACAACCCACGUUUGAUAUCGGUACGAUUGAAAGGUGAUUUCAAUUCCUUGUUUAAUUUUCUUAUGCUAACUAUAGAUGCAUCAUUUUCUUCAGCUCAGACGAGAUUUGAUUACAAUGACGAUUCUAAAAUUAAUCAGUUGAGAGCCGUUAGCGUAUUUGAUAAUGCUGGCUUGUUUCAAGUGCAAGAUAUCAACAGAGGAGUAUUAGAUGAACAUGUAAAUAAGGCGCUAGAAUAUAUCUAUUCGAAAUCGUUUCUUAAACCUACCUCAGAGGUAGAAAAAGAAUAA